AGCAGCGGUCAUAAUGCAAGGUAAAAUCUCCGAUCACACAUAACUUGAAGUAAUACUGUAUGUUGAUGAAGUGUUUUCAAAUGCAAACAAGUUGAAGUUCGUAUCAAAGAAGGUUAAAAUAAUAAUUUAUAGUCUUUAAGAAAAUAUUCCUUUUAUUGUCGUACUCAUUAAAAAUAAUAAUAGCUGUGUUACCAAGAUCUGAAAUGGCAACAAACAAAUCAUUGUUUAUGAAUGGCUUCAAAGAAGAUUGCGAACAAUUAAUUACUCGUUUUGAACGUGCAGAUAAUAUUAGAUUUGAAACUUUUUGCGAUAUCUGGAAAGCAAUGAAGUUUUCACUGGUCUUUGCGGGCCGUCCAUCCUUUUUGGAGCUAUUAGAAUUUUGCGAAGAAGCAUUACAUAUAUGUAAACAAUUCAUUCUUCUACCUCCUCGUUUUAAAGAACGUAUUGGAGGAUUAUAUCUUUUAUAUGGAAUAUACUUCAAAAUGCCAAUAGAUCAAUUUAGAAUUAAAAUUAAACUAGAUGAUUGGAAAAGUAUUCUGGAACUUCAUGCAGAAAUAAAAGAAGCAGAACAUUUAGAUGCUAAUUAUAUAUUGUGUAAACUAAUUGCCAGUAAUGCAUUUCAUUUCUGUCUUUUUGAUUCAGAGUAUGGUAUGGAAAAACCAUAUAUUGUAAAGAAUUCACAGUGUUUUAAUCCAUAUUCUAUAUUGCCAACACUAAAAGAUUUAAGUGACAAGAAUCAAAUAUUGUCAAAAAUUAAUGAACUUAGUAAAGCUUAUGAACAGAAGAAAGAAACAUCAAAAUUAAUAAAUCUAUCAGAUGCUAGUUUAAAAUUAUUCGAUUCAAAUAUAGCACAGGAAAUCAUUAAUGAUAUUCAAGAGUUUGAAGAACAGAGAAGGGAUCAACAGAAAAAUACAAUUGAUUUUGAAAAACCAUCUUGUUCUACUUUAAAAGGACAAUCUUCAAGCGAGCAUACAAAAUUUCAAUUAAGAGGGCCUGCCAAACGCAAAAUGCGACCAUUAAUUGAUGGUAUUGAACCUGAAAGUGAAUCUGAAGAAGGUGAAGUAUUAGAAAGUGACGAUUCAUAUUCGGAGUUACCAAUAGAUUAAAGAAGAAUACAUCUUUCAUACGUAAGUGUAUUAUUUUAUAAUAGUAUGUAAUACAGUAUGCGCAUGUUCAUAAUUUAUGUAAAAGCCAUAACAACUAAAUGAUAUUUGAUAAAUUGUUUUUUAUUGGGAAGUAUACAAAAUAAGUACAAGGAACAAGUCAGUGGAAAUAUCAAUCAUUCUAAAUUUUAAGAAAACUUUUUGUAGAAUAUAUUGUACUCUACCUUACUGUAACUGUGUUUUGCACAGACUUUAAGUAAAGACAAUUCAAUUAAAUGGCUAAACAUCUUUAAAAUAGAUUAAAUUUCUAAACUUAAAAACUGAGUAAAAUGUAUUAUAGAUUUCGUGAAGAAGUUACUUUAUCAGAGAUUAAUUUUCAAAGAUGUAACUUUUCAUUUUUAUGUAGCUUUAUGUAUAUUUACGGCAUUAAAAUUAAAUCUAUAUACUGAA